AUGGCUACAGCUGAAGGGCUCGCGCGGGCGCACGAUCGCAAUGGUCGUCGCCGCCCAUUCUCCAGCUGGAUGAAGCGUCUUGCGAGUCUCAAAAGUUCCUCCGAAUCAGGCUCCCAUCGCUGGUCCAACAAGCGUCACACAGUCGCCAAGGGGAAGAAGAGCGUGGGCCAAGGAAACAACCCAUAUCCGUUGUCAGGGACCCUCAAUCGCCCCACCCAGAACGAUUCAUACUCGGAGAUCGAUGACCAUGAUGGCCAAGAAUCUCAUUCUCGAAGCGAUCCAUCCAUGGUUUACUCCGGAUAUGAGAGCCAGCUACCCGCAACCAGCGCCAAAUCGACCGCCCCUACCGUCUCCACUAACGGCGACACUGUCAUCUCAGAUGCAGGGUACUCGAAGGCAGGGACAUUAGCAACAGGAGGCGGAGGGAUCAGCUCGCAUGGGGGAGGAGAGGGUAGCACAUUCUCGUCACCCGCUCCCUCAAUUCGAUCCUUAACCACCACCUUGACCACCGUGCAGUCCGCCGCCCCAUCCACUCAACUGUACCCUGCGCCGAAUCCACAGCAUGGACAAGCACAUGGAAGCUCCACACAGAACUCUGGGAAUCAACAGGUCCAAUUUUCGCACCAGUUUCCUUCCUCUUCAUCGCCCGCGACCGCCGUACCCCCGCACCUCAUCCCACAUAGCCAUUCUAUGACGUACAGCACUGCGACCGCAAACAAUGUCCUGACCGACAAUGCUUCCAUACUCACACUUGCGAGCUCCUCGAAGAGGCGCCGCAGGAACUCCCUGGACACAAAUGCCUCGGUCCGUGCGUUGGCCCCAUCCUCAGUUUUCGGUGGCAGUCGCGAAAGUCUGCCACUGAGUGUUUUGAGCGGCAACGUGAUUGAACCGUCCAAUUCCUCGGCUUUCAACGCUCAAGGCGUACUAAGCCGACCCAGCAUCGUCGGCCUCGCAAGUGCUGAGCGCAUUAGCGUCUAUUCUUCCUCAGGCACCGCUCCCCUGGGCAGUGCUGGCGGCGAACGGGGCAGCCUCUACACCGCUAAGCAGAACCCGGUGACGGGUGAUGGGGCUAGUAUUCGGAGUGGUGCGCCUUCACAUGGCCGAAAUGACAGCACUGCUGCCAGUAUCUCUGGUGGCGUGGGAAGUCCGCUUGCCAUGGCUUCUGGUCGUGUUAGCCGCCGAAGCUCCGCAUGGGGAGAAAUUACCGGCGAUGAGGGCGAAGAUCGGAAGUCCGACGAGGUUAACGAUGAGAACUCGGCACCAAAACCCGAGGAAUCCUUCAAUGAAGAGCCAAAGAAGAACUAA